GUAUGCCUUCGCUAGUCGCUGUAUUCAUCGAAAAUCGAUGGAGAGGGGGUAAAAGUUAGCUUUGCUUCGUAGCAUGAAAAAGCAGCUUCAGAAAUUUUUUUAAUUACGUAUUCUGCGAUCAUUUUUAUUUAUUAGCUGGUUUUUAAUAAGAAACGAAUUAUCACGCGAAAAGCCGAUUACUAAGAUUCAUUUUACUUGCAUUUAAACCGAGAAACUGCAAUUAAAUUUUUGAUCGUCUCUACGUGUGCAAUGGCGACUCUAUUCAGUUUUUCGAGACUGUUUAAUUACGCGGCGAGUAAUUAUCUGAGAAGAGUGACACCGGUCGCAAUUUGCAAGCAAUAUUAUCCUGCAUUAAGAUUAUGGGAGACACCAAUAGCAGAAUAUCGAACAGUUAAACCACCAUGGAUGAAGCCAAUUCCAAAUUAUCAAACAGAGGUACAGGAGUGGGAUGAAGAGAAAGAGAAAAUUUGCACUGACGUAACAAAUGAAAUUAAUGAUCAAAUUGCAAUGGAUAGGAUCGGACGAAUGUUUGCAAUCAUACAAGUAUGUGGAAAACAAUUCAAAGUGACAGAGCACGAUCUUAUAAUCAUUGAGGGAUUCUGGCCACCAAACAUUGGUGAUCAAUUGAAACUGGAGAAAGUCUUGUUGGUUGGCAGCAAAGACUUUACUCUUAUAGGCAGACCA